ACUCUCAGUUCCUCCGAAGAAGGAGUUGUUGGUUAGUUUAUUAUCGUUUAGUUUAUUCCUUUGUUUUCUUGUAAACGAGUACUUUUUUGCUUGUCCAGUGCAUACAUUUUUGCGGCAAAUUUUGUACUAGCGUAGAUUACAAGAUCGGAAAUCGAUUUUGAAGAUUUUUUUUUAUCAUGGCUUCUUUGUGCUGUAAAUUUACAAAAGUGAUUAAUAAACAUCUGACUCACAGAUAUAAUAAAUAAAAGGCUACACUCAAUUAUUACCUUAUAAUACAAUUUACCCAGUGUCAGCGUAAAAUAAGUGUCAGUUAUUUGGCUAUUUGCUUGGAUUUAGAUCAUGUUUAGUAGAAAUUGAACUUUUUUAGCAAAGUUACUAUAUGUACCGUAUCCAAUACUAUAUGUGUAAUGUAAUAUGAAGUUAUUAUUAUUGACCUCCUACAAACCUAAUCCUCUAAAAUAAACAGAGCAUUCAUAAGUUGGCCUGCCAACAGCAAUGAACAUAAUUCAAGAUUUUGAAUAUCAAGUACAAGAAUUAAGAAAAAAAUUUGAACAAUGCCACUUAGUAUAUCUUCAGAUAGAAGAAAGUCCUCUCAAGCUAGCACAACGAUUAAAGCUAGAAGGUAUAAUCGAAGAAUACCUAAGUUUGGUUACAAACGAGCGAAAAUUCGUCUUUCAAGAAACGUCGGAUAUAUUUUAUAAAUCGGCAACGACGUACAAGGAUUUCAGCGGUUACAAAGCUGCCGCUGGAUGGUGUGCAAUUUCUUUAUACGCGUCAAAUUUAUUAUCGCAACCUUGGCGUAGAGAAUAUAGAAACAUUAAGACUUUUAGCGGCUUUUACAAACAUGAAGUCGAAUCGAAUUUGGCCUGUGCUGAGCUGAUGUUUGCCCACAUGGGCUAUUCAAUGUGCAAGAGCAAAGUAUUAACUUUGGACGGACCUAUAGAUCCGGAUAAAGUAUCGAGCGUCAGCAGAGACGCUAUUGUAGCUUUCGUCGAAUGCAAAAUACUCAAACGAAUAUGGGAAGAAGUUUCGAACAACUUCAAUAUAUCGUGGCUGGAAGUUUUGGAGUUUCGAAAAUACUACGCAGGAUCGGCAGAUCAAGCCAUUAGAGCGCUUAAUUGCCGUCACGUUGAAACUUUGAAAAUGCUAGCCCCGCAGCCUAAUAAUAUUCCAAAGAACAGGUACUACCAAUCGAAUCAGCAAAUUCGACCAUCGACGUAUGAUUAUGUAGAAAAAGUUUCGCACAGUAGAGAAAAUAAGAAUAACAAUUACAGUCAUCGCAAUGACUUGGACAACGAUCUAAGACAGGACUACAAAUACUCAUACCCCAAAGGAAAUUCGUACGAAGACUUUACUCCAGUAUUUUCACACGACGUUCCCGGCAAUUUUAAUGCUGACGUGAACGCGAAAUUCCGACCCGCCGAACCCGUUUACGAGACCCAAUCGUUCAAAGCAAGGGAUAACGAAUUCACCCCGAGAAGCGAAAUGAAUAAUUAUAGAAAAUCCACUGACAAAAUUAAUUUACUGUACAGGAACGACUCGAGAGAAUUUCCUCAAGAACUAAUUAACGAAGAGCCGACUUUCAUCCAAGGUAGCGAAUGUAUUCCGGCGGCUAGGGAUGUCCCGCAAAACAGUCUUUUAUUUAAAGAGCAGCAACAACAACGAGUCAGCAAAUGCAACGUCAAGGAAUCCGAUCCGAUUUUAGAUACUCACGAAGCGGAAACUAACGAGGGUAGUUGGAAUUGCGACUUCUGUACAUUUUUGAACACUGAUGAGAACGUGAAGAUAUGUCAAAUGUGCGGGAAAACUCAGAAACUAAACGUGGACGAAUCUUUCAUAAGUGAUGGAAAACAAUGUAAACAGUGUACUCUUCUCAAUAGUAAAGUUUCAUCUGUAUGCGACGCGUGUGGAUUUGAUUUAUGAAGAAUCCAUGCAGAUGAAAUCAUAUGUAUAAUCAUAUGUUUAUUUUGUUUGUUGAGAGUGUGCGUGUCGAAUUAGCGUUAAUGAUCUCUACGAAGAUAUAUCUGUAAUAUAUACAUAUACGUCAUUGUUUCAGCGUUUUACAAUUUAUAUUGUUACCUUUUUGUAAAUUAUUAAAUAAAAUUUAAAA